AUGGAUUUCUGCACACAGAGGUCAUCCGGCAGCCUCCUGAGGAUCACCUCCUUCAACGGGAAGGUGGUGUGGGUGGCCCGGGAAGGGCAGCAGGAGCCCAGGGGACCCACGGGGACCUGCUUUCUGUGCUCCUUACGCUCGGCUGGCCUCAGCUGCAGCCGCAAGGGGCGCCAGGUGGGCGGGGAGGAGAUCGCGUGGGGAGCUUCCAAAAAUGCCAGUGCUGAGUCUUGCCCCAGGGCCGAUGAGUGGUUCUGCGUGGGGUCUGGGUCUCAGCCCAGCUCCAUGUCCGUCCGCUGGCCGGGCUGCCACCUGGGAAGCCAUGCUUGGAUACUUAUAGCCAUGUUUCAGCUCGCCAUGGAUUUCCCCGCCUGCAAGUCCCUGGGCCCAGGCCCCGAGUUCCGGCUCCUGCCGCGGCCACCGCAUCGGCCGCCCCGGUUGUGGAGUUUGAAAAGUGGACAGCAAGCGCGGGUCCCUGUGCCCGUGUGGAGCCCUCGGCCACCCCGCGCAGAGCGGCUGCACGGCCAAAUGCAGGCCCUCUGGGCCAGGCGUGCCCACAGACCCCGGGACCAGGUGGCCGCCCUUGGGCCCAAAGCGGGGCUGGCCAGGCCUCCAGCUGCUGCCAAAUCCAGCCCCUCCCUGGCUGCCGCCUCCUCGCCCUCAUCCCCCUUGUCCAGUGGGGCCACAGAACAGACCCUCUUGCGCAGGGGGAGGCGGCACCUGCAGGGGGCCGGUUUCAGCAGUUUUGACUUCAGAGGCGGCAGGCCCACUACAGAGACCGAGUUCAUCGCCUGGGGUCCCACGGGGGAUGAGGAGAUCCUGGAGACUAACACGUUUCCGGGCGCUUAUGGCCCCACCACGGUCUCCAUCUUACAAACACGCAAGACCACUGUGGCUGCCACCACCACCACCAUGGCUACCACGGCCACCUCCAUGACGCUGCAGACUAAGGGGUUCACCGAGUCCCUGGGUCCCCGGACAAGGAUCCCUGUUGGGGUUAGCACAACGGAGCCUUCUGCCAGUCCCAGCAACAAUGGGAAAGACACCAAGCCCCCAAGGAUUCUAGGGGAGACCUCAGGGGCCAGCUACUCCCUGCCGGACACAGAGCCACAUCUUCUGGAAUUGCAGAACUUGGUCUCUGGGGGCUGGCUGGGGAGUGAGAUGCGGGCACAUCUCAUGGUGGAGUUAAGAGGCCCUGUGGAGUCUUCAAAAUCCCUCAAAGUCUGUUGCAAGGGGGUGAAGAUCAGCAAGAAUAGAGAAGUAAACUUUCUCAUUCCAGAAGUUUCUUUCAGCAGCGGGGAAAGCCAGUUCGUCAUGGGAGCAGAGGCUGAGAAUCUGCCCGUGGAGGAGAACGAUGGGCAGAACGAGUUGGGGACGAAGCUGGUGCUGGCGGAGAGAGCACCUGCCUGGCCACGGUGGAACCCAGGGCUGGCUGCUGUUGGCCGCCAGCAGCAAGCCCUCGGCUCUGCCAUGUGA